AUGGCCAACGCCAUGGCUCCUCAGGCUGAAAGCAGGAUGUAUGUUCGAGAGCACCGCAUCACUAAGGGCGGUAGGCAUCUAUGGUACCAAUUGGAAGUUCUGCAGCAGCCCGAGCGUGCAAGAGCAUGUGGUUCUGGUCCCAAAUCUUCUGCCGAUCGCCGGCCUGUUGAUCCGCCACCUGUUGUCACUCUGAGGGUGUUUGAAGGAGAGCAUUUUGAAGGGGCUAGGGAUAUUACAUUCGACUACAAUGUUGACUUCUUCUGUUACGCGUCGCUUGAGCAUGCACGCCCUAUGGCUCAUGGCAGGGUACAAACUCCUGCAGCCACGUCACCUCCCGUCCUAACUGGAUUUCCGGUGUCGGGGUGCUGUUAUCUCGAUAGGCCUGACCCGGCUGGAUACUUCUUGUUUCCGGAUCUCUCAGUCCGCCACGAAGGACGUUAUCGACUGGUGUUUAGUCUGUAUGAGUUGAUUAAGGAGGAACAAGACCAGGAUCGAGAUGCUCCGCCUCAGGACCACGAAGAUGGCAUGUCGGAUUUGAAUGCGGGAAAUGCGAACCACCGGAUGGAUCUCAGGUCGACCGACUUCAUUGUCUAUAGUGCGAAGAAGUUCCCAGGGCUAACCGAGAGUACGUCGCUAAGUCGUACCGUUGCCGAGCAGGGUUGCCGUGUCCGUAUUCGACGUGACGUGCGCAUGAGGCGACGUGAUACGAAGGCCAAUGCUGCCAGUGAAUACGACAAUAACGCAGAAGACGAAUAUGCCAGGCGCCGGAACCGAACACAAACUCCGGAAACUUACCGCGCUCGCUCGAUGAGUAAUUCGAGCAUGGAUCGGGCCAGCUAUGUUCCAGACCAGCGACGUCCUUCUAAUGCCGAAUAUGGCCCGCCUCCUCCCCCGUUGUACCAGAACGGUGGCCCGCAACCUUCGACUAUGCUGAACUUCGGCCAUGGUGGAAACGCUGGUUUCGCUCAGCCUUACGGACCUGCGCCGACUUCCGGCCAAUCUACACCCGUGUCUCCUGCUGCACCUAUGUUUCCCCAGAGCAAUAAUUUCCCGCCUCCACCGCCAUCGCCUAGUUAUGCGCCUCCCGGCUACCCACAUUAUGACUCUGCCAGUGAUCAGGAGAUGAGGAGACGGUCAUCUGCGAGCUACUCGACUAUUUCUAACAACCCGCCUGCUCCGUAUUCUCUUUCAAGGGCUCCUCCUAGGCCUCCCACUGCUUCGUCUAUGGGGCCUAUACCUUCUCUUUCGUCGUUGAUUCCAAUCGCAAGCCCAAAGAUGUCACCAAGUCAUUAUUCCGACCGAUCUUGCUCGAUAUCAGCACUCUCAAGACCCACUUAUCCCCAACCCGAGCCGCGUUCUAUGAAACGUUCUAUCGAUGAGCUUACGUCGAGCACUCAACAAGGCCGUAAUGUUAAUGGCGAUCGUCCAUCAAUCGACUACCCCGGGGUUCCCUUCUACAGGCGUGCUGACGGCUCAGAAAGAACCGCUAAUUUCCCCGAUCCUAUCUAG